CAAGACUGCAAGUUAUACAUGCUCUUUUGUAUGCCCUCUCUCUCUCUCUCUCUUCUAUACAGAGGAAAUUUAAGAUCUGCCAACGCAAAAACACAAGUUACCCACACAAAGUUUUCAAUUUUGCCAACGCUUUUAAACCCAACAUAAUAAGAACACUGAGAUAGCUCGAAGGAAUGGGGGAUGAAAUGAUCAAUGAGAAGCUACUGAGGGGAGGUAAAGGAGAAGGUGAUGGGGAGGAGAAAUUCAAGGACAAGUUAUGGAAAGAGACCAAGAAAAUGUGGGUGGUGGCUGGUCCAGCCAUAUUCACCAGGUUUUCGACCUUUGGUGUGAAUGUCAUCAGCCAGGCAUUUGUGGGACACAUUGGCUCCACAGAGCUUGCUGGCUAUGCCCUGGUCGUCACAGUCUUCCUCAGAUUUGCUAGUGGCAUCUUGCUCGGAAUGGCCAGUGCUUUGGAGACUCUGUGUGGGCAAGCAUAUGGUGCAAAACAAUACCACAUGCUUGGAGUAUACCUUCAAAGAUCUUGGAUCGUAUUGUCCAUAUGUGCAGUUUUUCUUCUUCCACUCUUCAUCUUUACCACACCAAUUUUGGAAGCCUUAGACCAGGAUGAAGCUAUCUCAGAAAUGGGAGGAAAAAUUGCACUCUGGUUGAUCCCGGCGCUGUUCUCCUUCAUUGCAUCAUUCACCUGCCAAAUGUUCCUCCAAGCACAGAGCAAGAACAUGAUUAUUACAUACUUGGCAGCGUUUUCGCUUUCAAUUCACAUCUUCCUCUCAUGGCUUUUGACAGUGAGAUACAAGUUUGGACUUUCUGGGGCCUUGAUGUCAACAGUUUUGGCAUAUUGGAUUCCAAAUCUGGGUCAGCUAGCAUUUGUUAUAUCUGGAGGCUGCCCAGAAACAUGGAGGGGUUUUUCAUUCUUGGCUUUUAAGGAUCUGUGGCCGGUCUUCAAGCUUUCUUUGUCAUCUGGUGUUAUGCUCUGUCUUGAACUCUGGUACAAUACUGUACUCAUCCUUUUAACAGGAAACAUGACGAAUGCUCGGGUGGCCAUUGACGCCCUCUCUAUUUGCCUCAAUAUCACUGGUUGGGAGACGAUGAUAUCUUUUGGUUUCUUCGCUGCAGCAAGUGUGCGGGUGUCGAAUGAACUUGGAAGAGGAAGCUCAAAGGCUGCAAAGUUCUCAAUUGUGUACACAGUCCUAACAUCAUUUUGCAUUGGGUUCAUCUUAUUCACCACCUUCUUGUUCCUCCGUGGGCGUCUAGCAUAUGUGUUUACUGAAGAUCCCCAGGUGGCGGCUGCAGUCGCAGAAUUAUCACCCCUCCUAGCCUGUUCUAUACUUCUCAACAGUGUCCAACCAGUUCUUUCAGGUGUUGCUGUUGGGGCUGGCUGGCAGAGCACGGUUGCAUAUGUUAACAUUGCAAGCUAUUACCUAAUAGGAAUUCCUGUGGGAGCAGUGCUUGGUUAUGUGUUCAAUUUGCAAGUCAAGGGAGUCUGGAUGGGCAUGCUAUUUGGCACAUUUGUUCAAACUGUUAUUCUCAUUAUAAUCACUUGUAAAACUGAUUGGGACAAACAGGUAUCAAUUGCUCAAAAAAGAAUUAACAGAUGGUUUGUGGAAUCUGAACAUGUCAGUACUAAUCCGUAAAUAUUUGUGAGAUAAAAAGUUUUAUUCUGUAGAAGAGAGAAAGAUGGGGGGGGGGGAGACUUAUCUAGAAGACUUUUUGUAAGGCAUUCUAGACGUGUAACAUUAUUUAACAUCCAUAUAAUGUGCAUGUGUAUAAUAUAUAGAUGGCCCUGAUUGUACCAU